AUGCCAGGGGCGACGAUGGACUCCGAGCUGCCCGUUGAGCCACAAUCUCUUAAGAAGCUGAGCUUCAAAUCCUUAAAGAGAGCUCUCGAUCUCUUCUCUCCUACCCACGGACAAUUGCCGCCAGCUGACCCGGAAAGCAAGAAGAUCCGAGUGAGUCAUAAGCUCCAUUCUGAGUAUGGGAGUGCAAGAAAUGCAGCAACCGAAAGUUCUACUCGUAUAGCAGCUGCUAAAAGUCAAGCGCAGCAGACUUCCACUCCAUCAAAUGUCCUAGCACUUCCAGGCCCUGAACAGUCAAAUAAUGUACAGAAGGGAAGGUUGCAGAAGGAUUUGGUGAUAAAUUCGACAGGGCAGCCUAAGGGGCCCACCGACGAUGGGGUUCAAGUCAGGAGCACAUCAAUUGUUCCAGCUCAUGGUUCGGCUGGAAGAAAUCUAUCUACUUCUGCUAUCAUGGAAAGAAUUCCAAGUAGAUGGCCUCGUCCUGUAUGGCGUGCACCUUGGAAGAACUAUAGAGUCAUUAGUGGCCAUUUGGGGUGGGUGCGAUCCGUUGCUGUUGACCCAAGUAAUAAUUGGUUUUGCACAGGAUCUGCUGAUCGAACAAUCAAGAUAUGGGACUUAGCAAGUGGCCGCCUGAAACUGACGCUUACCGGUCACAUUGACCAAGUACGAGGUCUUGCUAUUAGCAGCAAGCACACAUACAUGUUUUCUGCUGGUGAUGACAAAUUAGUUAAAUGUUGGGACCUAGAGCAGAACAAGGUUAUUCGUUCUUACCAUGGUCAUCUAAGUGGUGUUUAUUGCUUGGCUCUUCAUCCCACUAUUGACAUUUUGUUUACUGGUGGGCGAGAUUCCGUAUGUCGGGUGUGGGAUAUUCGCAGCAAAAUGCAAAUUCAUGCACUUUCUGGACAUGAAAAUACGGUCUGUUCAGUCUUCACAAGGCCUACGGAUCCGCAAGUCGUAACCGGUUCUCAUGAUUCAACUAUAAAGUUAUGGGACCUUAGAUAUGGCAAAACAAUGGCAACUCUCACACAUCAUAAGAAAUCUGUACGAGCCAUGGCUCUUCAUCCUAAGGAGGACUGUUUUGUAUCAGCAUCUGCCGAGAAUAUUAAAAAGUUUAAACUUCCAAAAGGGGAGUUCAUGCACAAUAUGCUCACUCAACAGAAAACUAUUAUUAAUUCUGCGGCAGUCAACGAGGAGGGUGUACUUGCCACAGCAGGCGACAAUGGAAGUUUGUGGUUUUGGGACUGGACGAGCGGUCACAAUUUCCAGCAAGCCCAGACAAUCGUCCAGCCUGGGUCAUUGGAUAGUGAAGCUGGUAUAUAUGCAAUCACAUAUGAUGUAACUGGUUCGAGGCUAAUCACUUGCGAAGCAGACAAAACGAUCAAAAUGUGGAAAGAAGACGAAACGGCCACCCCAGAGACUCAUCCCCUUCAUUUUAAGCCACCCAAAGAUAUGCGGCGUUUCUAG